AAUUCACAAAAGAAUAAUCAAAGAAGUAACAUCAUCAUCAAGCAAUGUUUUCUUUCCUCAGUCUUGUUUCACAUUGACACUCACAAAUUCCAUCAAUAUACAAAAUUUUAUGGCGCAUUUAACUCUUCACUCAUUCACAUUCCCUUCUUCUCUUCCUUUCCUCUUCCAACAUCUCCAACACAAACCCUAUUUUCUCUCUCCAAAACUCACACCUUUAUCUCCAACAAAAACCUUAAACCCUAUUGUUCUUCGCAAAAAGCUCCACAACAACAUGCACUCUUCACGUGUCUCAAGUUUUCAAGAUGCUGUUGGAGGAGCUAUGGCUAUUGUCCAAUCAUCACCUGCCACAUGGCAAUCUUCUUUGCUUAGUAACCUCUUGAUCUUUCUAUUGGGUUCUCCACUUUUGGUUACUGGGUUAUCGUUUUCUGGGAUUGUUGCUGCUUUUUUGCUUGGUACACUUACUUGGCGUGCUUUUGGGUCUUCUGGGUUUCUUCUUGUUGCUACUUAUUUCAUCAUUGGUACAGCUGCAACAAAAGUCAAAAUGGCACAGAAAAUGGAACAAGGGAUUGCUGAGAAGAAAAAAGGAAGAAGGGGUCCGGGGAGUGUUAUUGGAUCCAGUGCUGCUGGUUGCAUUUGUGCUUUCCUAACGAUUUUUGGAGUUGGAGGAGCGGCAUUUUCCCAGCUUUGGAGACUUGGGUUUGUUGCCAGUUUCUGCACCAAGUUGAGCGACACAGUCUCAAGUGAGAUAGGCAAAGCAUAUGGAAAAACAACGUACCUAGUUACGACAUUCAAGGUAGUUCCAAGAGGCACAGAAGGGGCAGUUAGUGUCGAAGGAUCCUUGGCUGGAAUUUUAGCAUCUGUAGCUCUUGCCUUUGUCAGUUUUCUGCUGGGCGAGGUUGGGUCACAUGAAGUAAUUAUAUGUAUACUAGCUUCCCAGUUUGCUAAUCUUGGCGAAAGCAUAAUUGGUGCUGCACUUCAAGAAAAGGAAGGAUUUCGAUGGCUCAAUAAUGAUUUAGUCAACAUCAUCAACAUAUCAAUGGGAAGUAUCAUAGCAGUCUUAAUGCAGCAAGCACUCCAAAACUUUAAUCCCUAAAUUUGCUGCAAGAUUUUCUUGGAGCUCAAUUACUAUUCAUUUAUUUAUUUGCUAUAUAUAGAAAACUAACUUUCAGAUAUUUAUAUUGUCAUUGAUGUUCAAAGUGUGUUACAAAUGCUAACAGAAUCAAGUCUCAUGUGUUGGAAGCAAUGGUUCUUUCAUUCUGUAUUUUUAUGUCUCUUGUAUAAAUGUAGUAUGUAGAUCAUGAAAGAAAGUUUUUGUUAACACAAUCAAGGCUUUCACUAUUGUAUAGUUAAUUUUAGAAAUUGACUGUGGUUAGGAUGCA